CCCUGGGGGCGGCCUCCCGGGCACGUAGGAAGCCCAAGGCCCGCCUCGGGGGCGGAGAAGAGGGCGAGGAGAGCAGGAAGCGGGCGAGCGAGCGAGCGAGGGCGCCAUGAUCGAAGGAGACGCUUCUGAGGUGCCGGUGGUGUUUGAGGAUGUCAUCAUUUAUUUCUCCAGAGAAGAGUGGAAGAUGUUAGAAAAGUGGCAGAAGGAUCUCUACUGGAAGGUGUUAAAGGAUAACUAUGAAGCGCUGGUCCUUGUAGGACAUCCAGUCACCAAAGCGGAUGUCCUGGCAUGGCUUGAGAAGCAUGAAUGUCCAAAUGGCAAUGGAAUUCAGCAACCCAAAACCAGUAGUCCAUCUGAGAUUCUUUGUCCAUCAAACCAGAGACUUCCACAGAUGUGCCACAAAGAAGGCAUCGAACAGGUGGGAUCUCUUCAGGAGCUCUGUAGUGAAGUGAAAGUAGACACUGCCCUUUGUUAUAACAUUACGGGAAGCCAUUCCCAAAGGACAGCUGUUUCGCCCAGAGAGUAUGAAUCUGGAGAAAGUGGCCAGAAGUCCCAGCUGAAGAGUUUGCCUCGAACACGGCCACGGGUCAGAAUAAAAAAGGCCUUCUUUCCUUGCUCUAAGUGCAAAAAGUGCUUUUCUAGUUCCUCAUUCUUGAAGGUGCACCGGAGGACUCACUUGAAGGAAAAUGGGAUGUACACGCAUCAUGGGAACGCCCUGAAGACACUGCAUUGUUGCACAGAUUGUGGUCAGAACUUCCACAGAUACCUUGACUUCCUCCAGCACAGAAAAAGUCACCAAAUGGCAAAUCCCUGGCUAUGCACUCAUUGUGGGGAUGUUUUUAUGUCCCAGAGCGAUCUUGCGAUGCAUGAGAAGGGCCAUUUAGAAGAGGCGAACCAGGACCUUGCUUCAUGUAGUCAAAAUGCUAUCUGUGAGUCAUCUGAGACUGGUGGCAGUCAGAUGGGCUUGGAUGAUCCCCAGCAGCAGGAAGAUGAUGGCAAAGUGAGAAAACUCUUCUCAUGUGUUUACUGUAAGUUGCAGUUCAAAGUAGAAAUGAAUUUGGCAGUGCAUUACAGAUACUGUCCCAAGGGAAAGCUUAAAAAUCCUCAGGAUGCGGAGGUUCCUGCCAGGCAAGGAUCACCCCAUUGGGCCUCUGCUCACAAGAGCGGUGACUUAUGGCAGCCUCAGCAUCCUUCGCAAACAUCCGCUCAGGUCAUUUGCCCGGAUCCUGGUCAGUUGGUUAUCCAGACGCAUCGCCAGAAACACCAAGUGGAGAAGCAGCGAAUCAGUGCGGAGCCUGGAGGAAGUGCCUCCUCAGUGUACAGUUCUGGCAGCCUCCAGAAAUCUUGUGCGACAAAGACGCUGCACAAAUGCCAGGAGUGUGGGGAGAGGUUUGUUUACAAGUGGCAGUUGGCUGCUCACCUGGAAAGCCACACCGGAGGGAAAGGCUCUUAUGGGAAGAGCUUUGCGCACAAAAGCAGCCUCUGGAAUCACUCUCAGAUUCACCAGGAGGAAGCCAAACUGAGAGGGGAAAACCACCAGGAGAACCUUGUCCCAGCCAUCAGCCACAGAGCUGACAAAGAGAGGCCUCUUUUUCCAUGCAAGGAGUGUGGGAAUAGCUUCUCAAAAUCAUACUUGCGUUUGCACCUGGCGGUCCACGCGGGAAUAAGGCACAAGUGCCUCCUUUGUGGGAAGUUGUUCAACUACAGGAGCAGUGCCAUUGGGCACCUCAAACAGCACAGGAAGGAGGGGCCUUUCUUUCCAUGCCCCAAAUGUGAGCGGAGGGGAGGUAUAUACUGUAGCUGCAGGAUGAAAAAGGUCCGCAUCACUCCUCCUGAGCCCUCAACGCAAGUGGCAAAGGAAUGAGUCUGCACUCAGGAUUGCUUCCACAAAUCACUGCAAUUAUGAAUAAGCAUCCUGAGUCUGAGGAUCAGAAGAACUCCCCUUAGAAACUGGAGGGUAAACCAUUUUGGUUCUCAGGGUUUUUUUUUUGGAAAAAUGUAGGAAUAUUUGGCAUCUAUAGCAGAGUAGAGUGUAGUGUAGACAGCGUGUUUUUAUUUCCCCUCAGAAUUUACCCUCAGAAGGUAAAUUCAUUCCUGAAAGAGUUAUUAUCAGGGGGGAAGGAGGUCUCCACUGAAGGAGAUCAUAUAUAUGGAAUGAAUUUCCCUUCUGAGUGGUAGAUUUCUCUCACUUCUUCUUUUAAUAAUAAAUACAGUAGAGUCUCACUUAUCCAACACUCGCUUAUCCAACGUUCUGGAUUAUCCAACGCAUUUUUGUAGUCAAUGUUUUCAAUACAUCGUGAUAUUUUGGUAUUACAUUCGUAAAUAAAGUAAUUACUACAUAGCAUUACUGCUUAUUGAACUACUUUUUCUGUCAAAUUUGUUGUAUAACAGGAUGUUUUGGUGCUUCAUUUGUAAAAUCAUAACCUAAUUUGAUGUUUAAUAGGCUUUUCCUUAAUCCCUCCUUAUUAUCCAACAUAUUCGCUUAUCCAAUAAUCUGCUGUCCUGUUUAUGUUGGAUAAGUGAGACUCUACUGUAAUAAUAAAACUUUAUUUCUAUUGUAAUCGGGUGAUUCUGAAGGUUUUCACUUUUUUUGGUCAAACUUGCAACAACCCUGGCGAUAAUAUUUGAGACUGUGGUGGAGGCUCCUUCUUUGGAGGCUUUUAAGCAGAGGCUGGAUGGCCAUCUGUCGGGGGUGCUUUGAAUGCGAUUUCCUGCUUCUUGGCAGAAAGGGGUUGGACUGGGUGGCCCAUGAGGUCUCUUCCAACUCUACUAUUCUAUGAUUCUAGACCGUUGUCUCACCUCCGUUCUUAACUGUGAGUUGGAAGUUACUGCCUGUACUUGGGUUUGCGUAAAAAAAAAUUCAGGAGGAAAGGGAUUACAAAAUAUUUUCUCAGAUGGAAAGGGCGAGGGGGAAAAGUUUGAGAAGCCUUGACACAGAUCAAAGAAAUAGGUGAAAAAAGAUAGGAAGCCUGCACCCCAGGGGUCUCUCUGUUCCCUCAUUACUCAGAUACUUCUUUACUUCCAACAAAAAGCGUGCUGAAGAGCCUGAGUGACUUUCCCUGGACUUGCACUCCAACUCAUUGCUUUGUGUCCCACAUUCCUUCCUGCUUGAAGACAUUAGAUCCUAGCCACAGUCCACCCAGAACAAGUACCCUGUGUUUUUUGGGUACCUUUCCUAGGGCACAGGUAAACUUGGGCCCUCCAGGUGUUUUGGACUUCAACUCCCACAAUUCCUAACAGCCGGUAGGCUGUUAGGAAUUGUGGGAGUUGAAGUCCAAAACACCUGGAGGGCCCAAGUUUGCCCAUACCUGUCCUAGAAGUAAAAAAUCUUUUGCCCCUGAAACUUUUUUCCAUAAAAACAAAAUGUAAUAAUUAUAUUGUCAGCUAGUUUCUUUUAGAAAAACGAAUGAAAUGUUUAAGACAAGUUGUUCACGUAUCUUUGUUGCUGUUACUGUGUGCCUUCAAGUCGUUUCUGUCCUAAUGUAACCUAAAAGUGAAUUUAUCUCAGGGUUUUCUUGGCAAGAUUUGUUCAGAAGAGGCGUGAACCCAGUGAGUUUCCAUGGCUAUGUAUGGAUUCGAAGCCUGGUCUCCAAAGUCAUUGUCCUAUGUUCAAAUCACUAUGCUACCUUGGCACCUUGUCAUGUAUUUACUGUCCCUAAAAUAAUUUCUCACAACUAUGCAAGAUUCAUUUCUUUAAUGUAAAUAUAUGUACAUUUCCACAAUAGAAAACCUAAUAAAACAAUGGGAAAAACUGAGGCCCAUCUAACAUAAUUGGAACAAAUCAGAAAUGAUGGUAUUUAACUAUCAAGAAGAAGAGAUAAAAAAUAAACUAGGAAGGGGAAAUAAAAAUAAAAAUUAAAGAAACAAUAAAAUAUUUAGGGACAAAUAUAACUAAAGAAUUUUAAAAAAUGGAAAUAAAUAGAAAUGUAAUUUUAAACUAUCAAUAAAGCUGGAGGAGGAAAAAAUGGAAAUAAGCAAUUUAACCAAAUUAUGAAUGAAAAUUAAUAUAAAAUUAUUAGAAUACACUAAGCUCAAAUUAUUGUGGUUUGGUAAGAUAGCAUUAGUUAAAAUGAAGAUAUUAAUCAAAUUAAAUUUUUUAUUUAGAAUGCUACCAGUAGAAAUUUCAGAUCAAAAAAUAAAAAAUUGUAUGGGCAUGUUAAACUUGUAUUGUAAUGGAAACAAAGAAAGCUAGAAUAAACCAAAGCAUAUGGUAUAAACCACAAAAAGAAUGUGGUCCCAGACUUCCAAAUCUCAAGUUAUAUUACCAUUCUAAUCAAAUAAGAUAUAUAGUAGAAAGCUUAGCAAAACAAACAAGGUGUGACGUGGCCGACUAUGCCAUGUCACACCUUGUUGUGCAGGUAGCCAGCUUAUUUGCAGGUUCUACUGCAUUUUAAGAUUUUUUUAUAACUUAUAAUUUUUUUGCUGGGAUUUUAUAUGAAUUGUUGUCUUUUAUGCUUAUGUUAUAUAUUUAUACUUGUGUAUUUAUAUAGUUUGUAUUAUGGUUUAUAUGCGGCACUAUGGUGCUCCCAAAGCAGUUACUAUACUCCCAACUCAAGAACGGAAAAUGGAAUGUUAGUGGGCAGGGAAAGAGAUUUAAAGAUGGGUUUAAAGCUAACCUUAAAAACUCGCAUAGAAACCAAGAACUGGAAAGCCCUGGCCCUUUAGCGUUCUAACUGGAGGUCAGCUGUGACCAGCAGUGCUGUGGAAUUUGAAGAGGCACGAAUGGAGGGCGAAAGGGAGAAAUGUGCCAAGAGGAAGGCGCGCCAAGCCAACCUUCCUCCCGGAAACCAGUGUCCUCACUGUGGACAAACAUGCGGGUCAAGGAUAGGGCUCCACAGUCACCUACGUACACACCGCCAGGACACACUUGAAAGGCCAUAAUACUUGCACAACAAGGGGUCACCUAAAUUAUUAAGUAAGUUAGUAAGCAAGUAAUAUAUAACAAUAAAGAAAUAAAAUAUGUAUAAAUAGGUAAAAGAUGUGUAAUAGAGUUAUAUGUGACAUUGGGGAAAGUUAGAAACUGAUAAGAAGCAUACUUAAGGUGUGGUUGAUUUUUCUUCUUUUUUAUUCGUGUAAAAUAUGUCGUAUUCCUCUGUCCAAGAUAUUGUAAAGAGGGGAAAGGGUGUAUAUUUAUACAUUUUGAUUUAUAAAUCUAUAAAUAAAAGUUUCUAAAACUAAA